AUGGCUUCUUUCGUGCCUUCUGUUACUUUUGCUUUUGGUUCGGACGCGCGGGUGACUCUCCCUGAGUCCCUGCUCGCUAGUUUGCUAGUUGGAGGGAUCACUUUUGAUUCCUUCACUGACUCGGCCUUCGUCACUCUUGUUGCUCGGCGGAUAGCCCGGGCACCUGCUCGUCCCGUUCCUAUACUUGCACAACCAGUGCGCGCUGUAGCUAGGCGACCAGUGCCUAGGCCACAUCAUGUUCCAGUUCGUGCAGCAGUUAGGCGACAUACGCCUGCCGCUCCUGCUGCUCAGGUUGCCCAGGCCCCUCAGUGUCGGCAGCCUGCUGCAGUUGUUCCACCUCUUCGUGCAGCGGUCAGGCGACAUGCGCUUGCCGCUCCUACUGCUCAGGUUGCCCCGACCCCUCAGCACCGACAUCCUACUGUAGUUGUUCCACCUGUUCGUGCAGCGGUCAGGCGACCUGCGCCUGCCGCUUCUAUUGCACAGGCUGCCCUGGCCCCUCAGCGCCGGCAGCCUGCUGCUGUUGUUACUCCUGUUAUUUUGGCGGAUGUACCUCGUAUUUGGGUUUUCCCUCCUGCUUCCACUAGGAAGAGGGGUGCCCAGACCGAGGUGCCUUCGCCCUCUUCUGGCCGGGUUUCUAUUUUUGCUCGGCUUUCUCAUUCCGAGACUGCCGGGCAGACCCCCGCACUUCCAGUCGUCCCUGUUCCCACUGCCAUCCAGGAAGUGGGUUCAGAUGUCCCUUCCAUCUCCACCUCCAGCAUUGAGAGAAGGGCCCGGAGGAAUAAGAAUAGGAGGUUGCAUUUAGCUACGUCCGAGAGGACGGUGGCUCCCAGACAACGGAGACCACGACCAGUUACAGCAGUACCAACCCCAGAGGUGAUAGUAACUCUUGAGGUAGAGGCGAUCCAAGGAGGAUGCUUCUCUCCACUGAUACAAAGUAGGGAUGAGGAGGAUGUUACCCGCAUUACAGCGGCCCCUCCUGUUACCACUACUUUGCCCCAGGCUAGGGUCCCUAGGGACGCCAGUGUUCGGGCCCUCUCUCAGAGGAUUAGAAACAUCGUCCGCCUAGCUCGUAGUAGAGGGCCUUUGAGACGACAGACCGCGAGGAGACUUUAUAGUUGGCAGAGGGGGCAGACACCCCAGCAGUCAGUGCAGACAGUUCCAGUAGUUAGGUUGCCAGCAGUGGCUCCUGUGGUAGGACGAAACCCACGUUGUCGAGGACGGAGACAGCAGCAGGAGUCUACCCGGCCUCAGGCAGACACCCCUGUCGACCCAGUUCCGGCAGUUGAGACAGAGCAGUUGUCAGAGGCAGAGCAGUUGCCAGAGGCAGAGCAGCCAGAUGAGGCAGCAUAUCAGAUGGAGGUUGUGGUUCCUUUCGGGUCCGAGGCGGUCUCGAUGGUUUAUAAUGAUGGUUCAGUGCCUACCCCAGAUAGAUCGCCAGUACGGAUUAAGACAGAGUUAGCCCCUAGUACUCAUAGGAUCACCUCUCCUAUGAGUCCGUACAUAGAGGCGAUGCGACAAGCCUUUUUAGAUGAUGAUGAUGAUACACUAGUGGAUUCCGAUGAGGAGGUGCCAGUACACCGAGUUUGUGUAGUUACCCGUAGAGGUCACUCAGAUGAGAGAGAGCCCGAAGACCAGGAUGAGCAGGGAGACCCUGAGGUUGGUGGAUCUCCCAGAUCAGUUGACACAUAUGCUAUGGUCCUGAACCUCCAAGCACAGAUGGCAGAGAUGGCCAGAGCUAUGACAGCCAUGACAGCACAGUUGACAGCCUUGGGGGAGAUGCCCCAAGUGGCAGGUGUAGCCGCUGCCAGUAUUUCUAGAGAUCAUCCAGUUGUGCCUCCAGUUACACUAGACCCCCUGAGAGUGGACAGGGUCAAGAGAGUAGUGCCUGCAGCACCUUCAGUUAUCCAGAGUCAGCCAUCUUUAUAG